UACUACUGUUACUACUACUACUACUACUACUACUACUACUACUACUACUACUACUACUUGACUUACUACUGCUGCGCCACCAACGAGUGCAACAACAGCAACAGAAAUCGAGACCAGCAUGUUAGGUGAUGUGUUUACCUUCAUAACGCUGAGCUACGUUUUGCCCAUAGCUAGUGGUAACAAGAUCGAUCAUAACCGCCCAGUGGUCAUCAAUGUGGGUGUGUAUCAACCAUUAUCCUCGUUGUUUAACGAUGUGACGAAAGACAGGAAUGCCUCAACUUAUUUCAAAAUCACAGACAUUUAUCAGUCUCAAAGAAGCACCAAUUAUGAAGAUAUCAACAAAACGAUCCUCUAUAUGGAGCUUCACAAUAUCCAUACGAUUGUUGGACCGUUUGAUCCUGGAACUGUUAUAGCGGCUGAGGAACUUGGCAUCUCUUUUCUAUCCACUAGUUCUGUCAGUCGGGAAAAUAGUAACAAGGUCACAUUCCAGAUGGUGCCUGAUACAGAAGAAGUAAGCAUAGCGAUGCAGAGCCUCGUCGACGCUUACAAAUGGGAACAUGCUGGAAUGUACUACGACAGUGAUAUAGGAGCAAGCUUCAUGGAAUUUCUUUUGAGAGAUUACAAACUGAGCUUGAAAGCUUGGCGCUUGGCUCCCAGUGGUUCUAACAAGACUAUUCUUGACUGUCUCAUUAAUAUGCGGAAAGUGUUCAUCCAAAAAGUUAUAGUUGCAACAUCAACUGAAAACACACUUCUGAUAUUGGAGCAUGCUCGAAAUUUGGCAAUGCUGUCUAAUCCAUAUGAAUGGAUAUUUCAUGAUCCAGAUGGUUAUAUAAGCUCAACCCUACGUUCCUUUGUGGCCAUGAACACCAAUUUCACUGUUCUCAGUUAUUUACCGUUAAGAGAGGGUCAUAGUGAUGAUACCUUGAGUAACACUAAAAGUUAUCCACGGGCAGUGGUUUCAGAUAUAGUUGAAAUGCUGAAGAACGCAUCUAUAUCAUUGAAACGAUAUCCUAACAUCGAGGAAAUGAGGGAGAAAACUAAACGGAAACUACAGAAGUUUAAGAAACAUUUGGAAACUGGAUGUAUGCACUUAAGCAAAAGAGGGAAAAGAAAAGGUAUUAAUCUAUACUUUACAGCAGUUUUUGGGGAAAUGACACAAAAAAUUGCAAUCUGGAAUUCUACUACUUCCAAACAGUUUCAUGUGUAUCAACGUAAAAUCCAUCCGAAUAUCACAUAUAUGUUUCCUUUAAAGGGACGCAGAGUGAAAGUGGUCUCUAUCUUGGAAAAGCCAUUCACUAUGUAUAAAGACGAUUACGAAAAACGAUACGGAAACGACCGGUUUAGAGGUUUCGCGGUUGAUUUAAUGGAUGUCGUAUCGAAACGCUUGGGUUUUGAAUAUGAUUUGUAUCUCGUUGGCGACGGAAACUUUGGCGCUAAAAUGGACAACGGAGACUGGAAUGGAAUGAUUGGCGAAGUCCUUGCUGGGAACGCCACUAUGACAGUAUCGCCCCUCAGCAUUAAUUCACAGCGCGAGGAGGCAGUGGAUUUCACUAAACCUUUUAUGACUCGCUACAUUAGUGUAAUCAUGAAGAAAACUAAACUAGAAACAUCAUAUUUUGAGUUCCUCAACCCCCUCUCGCCACCUGUUUGGAUAUGCACAUUCGGGGCAUUUAUUGUCGUCAGUGUAAUACUGUACUUCCUGGAGAAACUGGGCAUGCGUAAGAAAAAGGAUUAUCCUUCGAUUUCGUUCAGGGAGAGCUUCUGGUUCAUCUUUGGAUCUUUACUACAAGGAAACACAGAUGCUUCCCCAAACACAGUGCCCGGACGUAUCCUUACCAGCGCUUGGUGGUUUUUUGCUCUCAUCCUCAUCUCUUCGUACACUGCUAAUCUAGCUGCCUUCCUUACAGUAAAGAAGAUCAAUACUCCCAUCAAAACAAUUUCUGAUCUUCCAAAACAAACCAAAAUCAAAUACGGCACUGUCAAAAACAGUGGUGUCAUGGCUUUCUUUAAGAAUACGAAAAUCGAAACAUUCGCAAAGAUGUGGGUUCAAAUGGCAGAACUUGAUCCCGAAUCAAUGGUUUCCACAACAACUGAAGGCUUUCAUAAGGUUAAGGAAGGUAACUAUGCGUUCUUCUGGGAUACAACAGUGAGUAGAUACAAAUCGAUUGAAGAUUGUGAAUUAACAGAGAUCGGACCACGUUUUGAUCCGAAAGGUUUUGGUAUUGCCGUCCCACCAGGAGCCACUUACCGAGAAGAUUUAUCUAUGGUUAUUUUAAAUCUCAGUGAUACAGGAAAACUUCAUGAACUUGAAAGCAGAUGGUGGAAUAAUCGAAUGUGUCCAGAUAUGAACAAAGCUUCGGCUGUGGAGACAUCCGAGUUACAAUUCGAGAACGUUGCUGGUGUGUUCUUUCUUUUAGUUACUGGUAUUCUAGUAGCUGGUGUUGUAUGUCUUAUUGAGUACUGUAGCGGUCAGGUGAUGCACCUUGGAAAGGAAAACAGAACUCGCAGAAAUAAGUCCAAUUAUAUCUAAAGUUUUGAAAAUAGAACUACCGCCAUUCUCUGCGGCGUCAAAUUAGACGUAGGCACAUUAUGCGCUUCUGUUGGCUUAAUUGGCCAGGCAAAGGAAUUCAAAAUGUCUUUCAAUGAGAAAACUAAAAAUGUUUAACAUAAAAAAAUUAAUAAAAAAAAACAUAAUCAAAAGAUUUUAGAAAAUGAACGGCAUAAGGAAAAUGAGAAAAUAUGUCUCUGCAUGGGUGUGUAGAUGUGCGUGCGUGUACGUGCGUGUGAGCGCACGUGUGUGUAUAGGAUGUUUUAAGAAUGCAUGCGAAUGCACGUGAAUAUAUGUAGACUAUAUAUCAAGGAAAAUUAAAAUAGAAGGCGUUAUACAUGGCUCGUAAUAUUAGUAUUAGUAGUCAUAAUAAUUCUUUCUUCAUUUUUAUCUAUUUAUUGAAAAAUAAUUGUGAUAUUAAUGAUAACGAUAAUGAAAAUAAUAAUAUAAACCUGAAACAAGAGUGUGAAAGAAAGAAAAUUAUGUUGUGUAAUUUAACAUUGAAGAGGAAGCUAUUAAAGAAAUAUUAAAAAAGAAUAUUUGGGCAAAUGAAUUAUUUCCAUAUUAUUUCAGAGUUAGUCUGGAAAUGUAUAUGAAAAUAUCUGCUUAUUAGAACUUCUUGUAAGAGUACAAGUCUUUUUCAAACUACUUUCCACGGCAUC